GGGCCUUUGUUUUGACCAUCAGAAGAAACGUUUCCACCGCCUCCUCCAAGUCCCUUUUCCCACCCACUCCUUGUCGCAAAGCCAGCAGCAGCUGAGUCCGGCCUCGCCCUUCACAGCCUGCCGCCGCCAUGCCUCCCGCCGCGGAUCUCUACGGCGGCGUUUCUGCCUACCGAACAGGCUCAGGCGACGGCAUGCGCGAUAGAAACUACAAUAACAACAACAACAACAAUAACAGUGACAAUAGUGAUAACAACAACAACGACCUGCCGCCCUUCUUCCCCCUCCAAAACCAAAACCAGGUCCAGCCGCAACAACGCCCCAAAUCCUCCUACCUUCGUCAGCUUAUGAGCCACAAGAGAAGCAAUACCGUCGGAGCCGGCCAAGUCCAGUUGCCCCCUGCUGUCUUCUCGACCGAUUUCCAAAAGUCUUCUGACAGCGACCGCCAUCAUGUUAUGUCGUCCUCGGCUGCUUCCCUCAUCGAUCCUGAUUCUCCUGAACUGCUGCGCCCUCCCAACAAGAUCAACCCCGACCUGGUGGCCCAGAGACACAGUUGCGACAUGAACCUGACCGGAUACCAGAGACAUCAAUUCGCCGCCGCCCUCUGUGAGCUUCGGCCCAACCAAUUGGACGACCAGCCACCACGAUCCCCCGAAAAGAAGUCGAACCCCUUUGCGACCAUCUCGCUUAAGUCGCCCUUCGGACUCAGAGAUUCCAGCAAAGCCUCCAAGAACAAGGGAGACCAAUCACCCACCAAGCCCAAAAAGGUCAAAUCGGCCGCCAAUAUCGGUCAGCUUCUGAGGCCAAAGUCUGACAAGAAUCUGAGGCAGCAGGAGCAGGCGGAAGAAGAGAACAGUCGCCGUCGCAACAAAGACAAGGAGAACCGCGCGCCAAGUGCCAUUGAUACCAGCCCACCACCACCCAUCUAUGCCCAGUUUGCCAGGGGUUCGCCCUUUGCGCUGCCUCCAGAACUGAACUCGUCGACCAAACCAGUGCCUUCGCCGUUGGACUACAGAAACCCCUUCUGGGAUAGUGGCAAACCAUUGCCGGCUGACCCAGAACGUCCCGGAACAGGCGGGACACGGUCGUCCAUAGCUGAGAGCCAACAUUUGAAGUCCGAAGCGGAAAACCGCGAGCGAGAUCGAAACAACAGCCGCUCCAAAUCACGGCCAAAGACGUUUCACCAGUACUUUGCGAGCAACAGUCAGCAGGACGAGAAGCGUACACCGUCAGACUCGAGCACCGACACUCGGUACAAGCAACCGCAAUCUGACGACCAGAACCAGUCAUCACCACAGGAAAAACAAGAACGAAGUUGGAAGAGGCAAACGUGGGCCACCGCCAAGACAUCAGAUUUGGCAGCAGGCGGAAGUUCAGGAUCAGACAGGUCAAGCCAACGACUCAACGUUAAGAGCAUGUUUUCCAGUUCUGGUAACGGUGGAGGAAGUAGUAGCUCAACAGGAGGAGAGCGUUCCAAAUCAGGAGCAACAGCAGCAGCAGCAGCAGCAACACAAUCUACCAGUAUGGAACGGCAACAAAGUGCCCCACCUCUGCUUCAACAGCACAUUGACCCCAAGGAUAUCGACAAGCACCUCGAGGCCAUGUUGGACCGGCGCAACAUUCCCGAAAACCAGCGGUACAAGAUGCGCAACCUCAACGACACCAUCAAGUUGGAAUUCAUCCGGCAGGACUGGGCAGAAAUGCAGGCCAAGAUGGUGAACCAGAACGCGAGCAAUACGUCUCUUGAGAAGGGAGGGAACGCAGGCAGUGUCAAUGGUGGUGCCGGGUCAGAACGGGAAGAUCAACAGCAACAGCAGCAGUCAUCCUCUAGUUCAAGACGGGAGGACGGUAACAGCAAGGAUAAGGAUAACGAGAGAACGGGCAGGACGAAGAAGAAAGGAUUCGGUCUAUCGCUCGGUAAGGGAGCCGCCAGCAAGGCCCAGUCGUCACCCACCAAGAGUAUCGGUCGGCACUUCAGGUCCAAGUCCAACGACAGCAGCAUGAAUGAGCGACCGUCGUUUGGUGAUGUGAACGGUAACUCUGGUGGGAAUGGCGUGGGCGGGUUCCUGGGUAUGAAAGGCGGAAAGAGUCAGCAGGUGCCGGCGGACUUUGUUGCCUACCUGCAAAAGGUGCAUCAGCCAGAGCUGGUGGAGGUUGGUAAACUUCAUAAGCUUCGGCUGUUGCUGAGGAAUGAGACCGUGGCUUGGACGGAGGAGUUUAUCAAGCAAGGGGGGAUGAAGGAGAUUGUGGAUUUGUUGCAUCGGAUUAUGGCUGUUGAGUGGCGGGAGGAACACGAAGAUGCCCUUCUGCACGAAAACCUUUUGUGCCUAAAGGCCCUCUGCACCACCGCCCUGGCACUGCAAUACCUGCACACCAUCCACGCCACCCUGUUCCCUGCCUUGUUGCAUCUGAUCUUCGACCCCGAGAAGAAGGGGCCGAGCGAGUUCACAACACGCAACAUCAUCACCUCGAUUUUGCUCACCUACAUCGAAUGCGCCACGCCGCAAGAGCGCAUAACCCGCGCCCAGACAAUUUUACACUUCUUGCGAGACCCCGAGACGGAAGAGGAAAAGAAGCCAGUCAACUUUAUCCUCGAGAUGAGGCGCGAGCGGCCAUACCGUGUAUGGUGCAAGGAAGCCGUGAGCGUGACCAAGGAAGUCUUCUGGAUAUUCUUGCACAAUAUGAACAUUGUUUCCUUGCCCCCAGCCGAUUCAUCAUUAAGUGGCAGUUCCGGCGCCGGCGGAGGGUCGAGUGGCGUCAAUGGCGAGCAAAAAGAUACUCAGCAACAACAACUAUACCAAGCAGGCAUUAUCGAUCCCUCAGCCUUAACAAGAAAUGACACAGAGUCAGGAGGUGAAGACUCAGAAACCGCAACCCCCGCCCAGUUGGCCUACAUGUCCCGACACUUCCCGCAAGAACGACCGCCCGUGCCCGCGGCCCCUUACGUCGGUGGCGUCGAAUGGGACGCGACCAAUUACCUUGCCAGCCACCUGGACCUGAUGAACGCCAUCAUUGCAUGCACGGGUCCUACAGCCACCGAGCGUAACGCGUUGCGCGCCCAGCUGCGCAUCUCGGGCUGGGAGCGCUGUCUGGGCGGCAGCCUGCGGAUGUGCAAGGAGAAGUUCUACGGGUCCGUUCACGACGGGCUGCGGACCUGGGUUGCGGCCGCGGCGGAAGACGGCUGGGACGUGCGUGAUGUGCGGUUUGGCCCGCCGCCGGAGGGCAGGGGCUACAGUCCGAUGAAGAAGACGCCCGGGAAGAAACCAAGGGAGGAGGCGCCGCCCAAAAUCGAAAUCCCGAAAUUGGAUUUCCAUAUUGGGGGUGCUGAUUCUCCUGGUAUUGGCGUUAGUCCGGGUGGCCUGGGCGUGGGUAUGGUUGCCGCUUCGGUUGCGAAUAUCAACGGCAACGGCGGCGGUGGCGGGAGAUCGCCGAUGCCGGUGUCGCCUGCGGUGCGGGCGCCGGAUUAUUGGCUGUCGUGAUUGAGGCUGCUGCUUUUGCGGCGUGGUGUUGGUGUUGGCGCUGGCCGUUGCGUUGUCCGAGAUGUCCCGCAGAAGAAGACUAUAUACGGCUCCAACGUAGCGACUCCGACGGCGGC